UUAGUUGAGAGAAGGGGAUUUUGUGUGUGUGUGUUGCUUAAAAAACUCGAGUCAGUUUUCAGUCUCAGGCCAACUUGGAUUUGGAUUGGACACAUUUGUUUUUUCCUUUUCGUUUACAUACUCAUAUAAAUAUUCUCUAAUAAGAAAGACGAUAAAGAACGAAGGAAGAACAAUAAUGUCCUGAAAAUAAGGGGAGAUUUUAGUUUGAGUUUUUAACUGACUUGACGUGACGGUGGGAGGAGGAGGAGAUAAUUUUGAAGUUUUUGUUUUAUAUAUUUAUGAAUUGAAUUGAGAAGAAGUGAGUUUUUGUUAUUGUUUUUUGAAAAUUUGUGGGGAUAUAUAAAUUGGAUCGAAAUUUUGAGCUCUUUCUUAUACUCUGGACUGGACUGGACUCAAUUUCACACCGGAUUUGGCACUCACUCUUUAUCAUCAAAUCCACUCUCUGGACUAAACUCUGUGGGAGGAAAGACUUUUAAGUAUUUGUUUAAUAUUCGCACACUCAUAAAACUCGGUAAUAACUUUUUGCGGAAAUUUGCAUAAUUGUGACCCCUUCUUCAGGGUGUGAAUAAGACAUUCUCAGAUAUUUUCUACGAUACGAUACACACCAGUGCAAAUAUUAUUUUGCAGUCGUAUUUACAUAAAUAUUCGUAUGUUACACAUGUGGCUUAAAAAAGUGCAGUUUAAUCACAAGUGUUAAUAAAGAAAAAUCGCCGCCUUUUUGCCAAAAAUUUGCACAACUUCAAGUUUCUAACGGUUUUUGUACGUAAACACGCACAUGCACGUGAAUACGAACGGUUUAAAUUAAUUAGUGUGAAAAUUUACGGUGGUUUUUAGUGUUUGCGAAUUUAAAGUGCAAUUCAAUUUUGCAUCAUCAAUGACGACGACGACGACGUCCACGACGAACUGGUUCCUGGCCUCGGGGCUUAUCUUACAUUAGGACCGAUAAGAAGAAGAUAAGUGCUUGUUGGGGGGGAUAUUAAGGGGAAAUAUGCGUGAAUUUAAGGUGGUGGUGUUGGGAUCUGGGGGCGUGGGGAAGUCCGCCCUGACCGUGCAGUUUGUGUCGGGCUGCUUCAUGGAAAAGUAUGACCCCACGAUUGAGGAUUUUUACCGGAAGGAAAUCGAGGUCGAUGGGUCGCCGUGUGUGCUGGAAAUACUCGAUACUGCCGGGACGGAACAGUUCGCUUCGAUGAGGGACCUCUACAUCAAGAACGGUCAAGGAUUUCUGGUCGUCUACUCGAUCACGAACCAUCAAACGUUCCAGGACAUAAAGACGAUGAAGGAACAGAUCUCCAGGGUCAAGGGGAUGGACAGAGUGCCUUUACUACUAGUCGGAAAUAAGGUAAGCGAGAAGAUGUGUUGGAUCACUUUACACUAUUUUACUCCUAUCGGCACGAAUGCAAUAUUUGUCUAACCCAAAUUUGUAAGUGAGCGCAUAAUGCAUAAUGAAUGUGAGCAGAAUUUAAUGUAUGCAAAUUUUAAUCUGCUCUCCAAACAGUAAUGGAUGCACUUUUAGGGAACGUGCAUAAAGCAUGUGGUCAAUUUAUAGGAGGAUGCAGAGGUCAAAAUUCUUCGAAAAUCGAGUAAUGUACAUUUAUUUAGGUCAAAUGUAAUGGAAAUUUUGCAAAUUUUUGCUAAAUUUUGUAAAUUUCUGUAAAUUCUUCCAAAAUUUUUCCCUAGAUUUAUACACAGCCAAAUCUAAUGGAAAUUUCCCACAUUUUUGUUAAUUUCUGUAAAAAGUGUUCAAAAAUCUAGCCCAUAUUUUGUGCAUAGUCAAAUCUAAUGGAAAUUUUGCACAUUUUUGCAAAAUUUGUUAAUUUCUGUAAAAAAAAUUCUCCAAAAUCUAUCCCAUGCUUUAUGCACAGUCCAAAUUAAUAAAUUAGCUGGGCGUGGGUUCGUUCAAGUAGUGAAACGAAAUGGAAAAAGAAUUUGCGAAUGUAUUCAACUCGAUUUUUUUAAGUAGACAAAGAUUAAUUAAUAAUUGUGGUGGGGUGACAAAUUUUAUGCUGUAUAACACAACACACAACGUUGGGAAUUAUUAUUAUUAUGGGAAGAGGAGUUAUUUUUAUUGCGAAAUACAUUCAUAAGUAAGCUGCUCACUUUGCGAAAUAUG